AUGUCUGACCUCACGGCUCAACUCUCGGCGUUCAAGAACCGGAUCAAGAGCGGCAACCUGGUGCUGGUUGCCCGCAAGGCCACCAAGCCGGUUCUGCCGACCAAGCAACCGCCGGCGGCGCCGGUGAAGCGGCCGGGGGACUCGAUCAACGAGGCAAUCAAACGGCAAAAGACCCUGAACCAAGGCACCCACUUGCUGACCCAGUUGCACAUGGCAGUGGAGUGUAUUAAAGGUCAAGAUAAGCCGGUGCCGGUGGCGGAAUUGCAGCAACAGCUCCUGUUCGACGUCACCAACCUCUUGCCGCUUUUGCGGGAAAUCGACCGUAUCCGCUAUAACCCGGAAAAGCAGACGUUGCAGUACGUGUCGUUACACAACAUCCGCAACCUGGACGACUUGUUGAACUAUUUACGGCUGCAACCGACGUUUAAAGGGGUGAAAGUCGCCGAUUUGAAGGACGGGUGGUCCGGGUGUAUGCAAGCCAUAGCUCAGCUUGAGGCCGAGAAUCGUAUCCUUGUGUUGCGUAACAAAAAGGAGAAUGCCCCCAGGCUCAUCUGGGCUAAUUUGGGCGGUCAACUCGACAUGAUUGACCCGGAGUUUAAGGAUAUGUGGGGGGCAGUAAAGGUACCCGAAGGCGACAACUUGUACCAGGCGUUGAUCGACCAGCUGCUCAAGCCCACGGGAGCCGACCCCACCCUUGUUAAGAAGCAAGUGAAGAAGGAAGAGAAGAAACAGAAGAAGGCGAGACGGGGCAAGAUCACCAAUACCCACAUGAAAGGCAUUUUGAAGGACUACUCGCAGAUGGUUUAG